AACUGGGUACAUAGAGUAGGGGAAAAUGAUGAUGUACAGAGUUUCUACUAUUUCAUUGAGUCAGAGAACAAUCCAAGAGAGGAUGAAAUAGGACCACUUGCAUUUCAAGUUGAUGAAUAUGAUGGGAUUUGCCUGUUAAUACUGGCUUUUCAUAUGCUAGAACAGAAUAUGCUUCACUUGUCAGUCAAUCAAGCCUAUGAAUUUUUUAGGAAGUGGUUAAUGGAUCAUCCAGCAUUUCUCAAAAACAAAGUUUACAUUGGUGGUGAUUCAUACUCUGGUAUUCUUAUUCCUAUAAUUGCUCACGAAAUUUUAAAAGGUAUUGGAUAUUGUUGUAUUGAUAACAGUGGGGAUCAUGACAUGGUUGUUCCUUUCUUGGCAACUCAAGCAUGGAUAAGAUCGUUAAACUACUCCAUUGUCGACGAUUGGAGGCCAUGGUAUACUAAUGGCCAAGUUGCAGGAUACACAAGGACUUACUCCAAUGCAAUGACAUUUGCAACUGUCAAGGGUGGAGGACACACAGCACCAGAAUACAAGCUUGAAGAAUGCCUUCACAUGUCCAAUUACAUUGAGGAAUUCAAUGGAAGCCUGCCAAAUUUGGUCUUGAGGCCACACUCAUGGACAAAAGUGCAGAUCAUACCUAUAUAUCUUGGCAUAUUCUUUUUCCAUUUCACCAAAUCCUUUGAAAGCUUUCCUAGUUAUUUGCUACUCUAUUAAACUUGAAAGUAUCAUGUGUAAUUUAAACCUAUGCUUGCAGAUGAAUCAAUUUCUUAGAGGUGGUAUCCUUGACUCUUCAGGAUCAUUGCCACUUGGACUGCACAAUCAUAUAGAACUCCGUUCAAACAAAAGUUCUUAUUACAAACACACAUGAUACUACCGAGGACUCAAACCAUCGUUCAGGAUCAAAUGCAUCAGACAAUAAGCCUUUCUAUAACUUCUUAGAAGUUAAGGAUCCAGAAGUGGGGCAAGGAUACACCUGGAUCACAUCACGUGCGACGCGAAGCAAGAUGCCACGGCCUUUGAUCUUAGCUUGAAGCUUUGAUUCUAGCAGGAAACCAUGAAGCAGUAACAAUGGCUAUAAUGAGUAUGCAUUUAUAAUGAUUUUUUGCUUGAAAUCCAACAAUGUUAACAAGUUAAGAAAAAGUGAAUAGUUUCCUAAUCUUGGUUGAGGCCAAGAUAACUCAGAAUUAAAGAUAGAAGGGACUUGUUACA